AUGCGUCGUCGACCUCGAUUUGCCCCUUUCCUGAGUCCGGACGAGAUUGAAAAGCAAAUCAAGAAAGACGCGCUGUAUCGUGGCAUUUUACGAAUCAAUAAGCGCAAUCGAUCGGAUGCGUAUGUGACCUGCGAGAAUCUCGAAGGUGAUAUCUACAUUCACAGAGAACGGGAUCGUAACCGUGCCUUGGAAGGUGACUUGGUAGCGGUGCGACUUUUGGACGUAGACAAGGUGUGGAAAUCCAAAGUGGAGAGGGAUCGAAAGAAAAAGGAGGAAAAAGACGGCAUCUCGGCUAUCCAACUGGAAGAAGAAGAUAAAACCAAGUCCAAAUACUGUGGUCAGGUCGUCGGCAUCAUCAGUCGCGCUGAAAGCCAAACUGUCGCAGGAAAUGGAGGAUCCAACGGAAAAGAGGAGAAGCCUGAAGAGGAUGUGGAAGAACAAGACGAUGAAGAACCCGUCGAUGACGAAGUGGAUGGUAAACAAGUGAACAAUGGCAACGAAAGAUCGCACGAGAAUAUUCGCUUGGCUUGGUUCAAACCCACGGACAAACGCACGCCUCUGGUAGCCAUUCCUAUCCGCCAUGUUCCCGCCGACUUUUUAGAAAACCAAGAAAAAUACAACUCGCUGAUCCUUCUGGCCAAGAUCACUCGCUGGCCUAUUGACUCACAGCAUCCCUUUGGCAAAAUCGAGCGCGAACUUGGCCCCGUGGGCAAUGUGAAAGUGGAAACCGAGGCUAUUCUUGCCGAUAACAACAUCAAGGAAGUCCCUUUUACCGACAAGGCGCUCAAGGGUUUACCGGAAACGCCCUGGAAAAUUCCACAGGGCGAAUACCAAAAACGUCGUGACCUUCGCGAAUACAGAAUCUUUACGAUUGAUCCAGCGACGGCCCGAGAUUUGGAUGACGCUUUACAUAUCAAGCCACUAGAGAAUGGUCAAUUUGAAGUGGGAGUGCAUAUUGCCGAUGUGUCGCAUUUCGUUAGAGACCAUACACCUUUGGAUACCGAAGCGCGAUCUCGUGGUACGAGCACUUAUCUAGUGGAUAGGGUGAUUCCCAUGCUGCCGUCACUCUUGUGUGAAGAGCUUUGCAGUCUGAACCCUGGUGUCGAAAGAUUGGCCUUUUCCGUCAUCUGGAAAAUGGACGGUGAGGGCAACGUGCUGGAGACAUGGUUUGGCAAAUCGAUUAUCAAGUCGUGUGCCAAAUUGGCUUACUCGGAUGCGCAAAGUGUUAUUGAAGGCGGAGAACUACCUAUCACUGCCACGGUCCAGAACCAUGAGGUGAAUGCAGUGAAAAAGGAUAUCCUCCAUCUGUAUCAGCUGUCCAAGCACAUGCGUAAACGACGAUUUGACAAUGGUGCCUUGUCGAUUGGUUCGGUCCGUCUUUCUUUUACUCUCGACGACGACAAUGAACCCGACAGUGUAAAUAUCUAUGAAACAAAGGAAGCCAACCACCUGAUUGAAGAGUUCAUGUUACGCGCCAAUAUGAGCGUGGCGGAAAAAAUAUGCCAACAGUAUCCUUCGGAAGCAUUGCUGCGUCGCCACGCACCACCGAUCGAAAGACGUCUGGAGGAAUUUUUGCGUCAGACGGAAGAACUUGGGUAUCCUUUUGAGGGCCACAGUGCAGGUGCACUGCAGGCUUCGUUUGAUUCGGUGGAAUCGGAGGAUGUCAAGGCCGUUUUACGAAUUUUGGCCAUCAAGCCCAUGCAGCGUGCCAAGUAUUUCUGCACCGGAUCAAUCGAUAUCGCCAAGUACCUGCAUUUUGCAUUGAACGUUCCUCUGUAUACUCAUUUUACGUCGCCCAUUCGUCGCUACGCCGAUGUCAUGGUUCACCGUCAAUUGCAGGCCGCGCUAUUGAAUAAAGAACAUUGUGGUUAUACCAUGAAAACCGUCCAGUCCGUGGCGUUGCAAUGUAAUCGAAAGAAGGAUGGGGCAAAGAAUGCUCAGGAUCAACACAUUCAGCUCUAUCUGAGCCGCUUCUUGUAUCGUCUUCAAGAGACACAGGGCCCGAUUGUACGGUCGGCUAUUGUCCUGCUCGUGGCCAAGGAUGCUUUUGAAAUAUUUGUACCUGAAUAUGCUUUGGAAAAACGGAUUUACACAGAUUCUUUGCCUCUGGAAAGAGAAGCCUUUAACGCGACGGAUAUGUCCCUCUCCAUUUACUGGAAAGAAGGGGCCGUUCUCAACCGAGAGACCGCAGACCAGAUUCGACGAGAAAAUGAUGGCAAAAAAAGCGAAAGUGAUGACAGUGACAGGGAAGCCAACGGUGCGGAUGAUUACGUGGAGGAAGCCGAAGAUGACGCUGAAGGACCGUUGAGUGGAAAAACGGCUCUGAAAAUUCCAGACAACAUGUUGGAAGAGAAUCGCUUGGACGACAAGACGCGAAUGCAAUAUCUGAAAGCGUUCACCCGUCUUGAUGUAUUGAUUCAAGUCGACAUGGACCGAUCGCCACCUGUAGUUCACAUUUACCCUGUCAAUCCAUUCUUGAAAAAGUAG